GUGACUUGACGCCGGUUCUCCGCCGCUGUGUCGGCAGUCAGUCUGUCGUCCCUCCGAUGGUCUCAACUGAGAAACCGAAGCGCUGGUCCUGGAUUCAAACUGUUUAACCCGGUGGUGUGACUCUCGUUCCUGCAGACUGCGGGGAUGGGCCGUGAUCUGGAUGGCUGACGGCGAGGGACGAAGAGGACCAAUCACAUGAGAAGAUGCUGGCUCGUAACCGCUUCCUCCUCCUGGUGGCGGUGGGCGGGGCCGCGCUGGCCGUCAUCAGUCUGAGCCUCCAGUUCUUGAACCUGAUCCCCAUCACUCCCAUCCUGGAGGAGCGACCCUUCCAGUCGGCAGAUGGAGGUGUUGGGGUGGCUCUGGGGAAGAGCAGAAAGAGGGUGUUCCCGGUGCCUCACACCCAGGAGCCCAACCCCAUAUCUGAGGCUUACAGCUACUGUAACACUCCCAACCGCACCGAACAGGCCUGGGAGGGUCACAGUCCUGCUGACUACAAGCUACUGUCUGUCCAGGUGAUGAUUCGCCACGGUGACCGCUACCCUCUCUACUACAUCCCCAAGACCAAACGGCCCGCCAUCGACUGCACCUUGUCCGUCAGCAGGAAGCCCUCCCACCCCCUGCUGAACUCCUUCAUCCGUCACAUGGGCCAGGGAGCUCGCGGCCACUGGGAGUCACCACUGGGCUCUGUUCCCCGUCUGCCCAGCCACAGUGCCUGUGAGAUGGGAGAACUCACGCAGACAGGUGUGGUGCAGCACCUGCGCAACGGGCAGCUCCUCCACCAAGCCUACAAGCAUUACAAUCUCCUCCUCUCCGACUGGUCGCCCCGCCAAGUGUGGGUUGAGACCACAGGUAAGAGCCGCACUCUCCAGAGCGGACUGGCCUUCCUCUACGGCUUCCUCCCGGGCUUCGAUUGGACGAAACUGACGGUGCGGCACCAGUGGAGCACGUUGUUCUGCGGCUCGGCCUGCGACUGCCCCGCCAGGAACCGAUACCUGGAGGAAGAGCAGCGGAGGCAGUAUCGGCUCAGAGUGAGCGAUACCGAACUGGAGAGGACUUACGCCGAUAUGGCGCGGACGUUGGGUCUGCCCACCCGCCAGCUCCGAGCUGCGAACCCUAUAGACUCCCUGCUGUGCCACCUGUGCCACGGCAUUUCUUUCCCAUGCGUUCCCAUGGGUGAUGGCACCGGUGGAUGUCUGACGAUGGCACAGUUCGCUGUGAUUCGUCGGCAGCAGCUGGAUGAUGAGGUGGAUCGGAGAAGAGUGGGGCUGUACCAUAAAUACGCCAUCCUGGCCAUGUACCCCUACCUCAACCGAACUGCCACCAAGAUGGAGCGUGUUGCCAGAGACAACGAGGCAGGCCGACAGCCUCGCGCAGGGGGCGAGGAGGUCUUCACCCUCUCCUCAGCCCACGACGUCACCAUGGCCCCGCUGCUGAGCGCCCUGGGACUGGAGGAGGCACGCUUCCCACGCUUUGCAGCGAGAGUAGUCUUUGAACUGUGGAAGAGUCCCCCGGCCGCGCAAGGAAAACAGAAGAAGAAAGCCGGCAAAGGUGAGAAGUCGAAGGCGAAAGACGGGGAGCUGUUCAUCAGGGUGCUGUACAACGGCGAGGAUGUGACAUUUCACACCACCUUCUGUCGCUCACACAACCGCCACGCCAGCCAACCCCUUUGCCCUCUGAAGAACUUCCUGUCUUUUGUCAGGAGAGACAUGUUCAGUGUUGUCAACGCUACUUCCUACCAGGAGGCCUGCUCCCGGCGCCCUGGUUGACAGAUGGAGAGGAGGGUGACUGAGUGAGGAUGACAGAUGGUCGUACUUCUCGUUUUUUUUAGUUGUUUUUCACUUUUGAACGUGGUGCACUUUUAUGCUGCUCGUAGUGUCCUAAAAUUCCACCUUUUUAAAUGUAGUCCUUUACAUUCCUCAGCACGAAGUGAGUGGCAAACACACACACACACACACACACACACACAUACACACACACACACACACACACACAGUACUGUACAUCAUAAGAUCACUUUCUAACCUUUCUACAAACUUGUUUUUUUGAAUACUGUAUGUUUUCUGAAGCGUAUCUGUAAGAGAUAAGUGAUUCAAGGGAAGUCGUUUGGCACUUAGCCACUUUAUUCCUACAUUCCACAAGGGGCCGUACACAUGCCGCGUUUCAAAACGCGUGGAAAACGUCAGCCAUGCCGCUUUUUUUUCUUUCCAAUGUGUUUGGGAAGUUGCAAUACCGUCGCGACCGCUGUUACUAAGCACCCAAAACUUGCGUGCUGCGAUGACGACGAUGAUGAUGAAGUUGUGGUAAUUUAGCAGGAAGCCUCACUGACUAAACUAAACAAAGUCAAAAUAAACAUUAAUGGAUUUCCAGCACCGUAAAUCCCUCACAGUAGCUUCACACUCGAUUUCUCCGUGUCAGUUUGGUUGACCUUUCAAGCAAAUUCAUAAAACAAACUUUUUUACAGUUGGUAACUUGAGUGCCAGUGUUUAGGGACAAACCUCUUCACAGUUCUCAACCUAACGUCUGUUGCGACGUUCUUGGACGGAAAAGGUCAGGCCAGUAAAAUAGUCCGUGGGUCAGUAGGUAAAGCUCUGGGUAGCCUUGCACUUAAAUGAUUAACCUCUCCUUCACAUAUAAUUACCGUAGACUGAUAUUUAGGGAUGAAGGAAAAUAUAUCUGCCAGCUGUGAUUGGUUGUGGCAGCGUUCCAAAAGUUGAACUAGUUUUAUCUCGGGGCACAGCCGUCGCGCCCUGAAAAAUAAGUGCUCGGGAACGCUUGCGCGGCGCAACUGUGUUGCUCUCGUGUUGCUCUCUCGUUUGAGCGCGCCUACAUUGGGAACAAUGGAUUUGUGGGCGCAAAAAAUGCGGCAUGUGUACAGCCACCACUACCAUGGAAUUGUAAAAUUCCAGUAUUCCCCAAAUACUUGCAGGAAAAGGGAAUAUUGAAGCUGGAAACACUAUGCUGGAUUAACCAUUCCUGGGAAAUAUUUUGUGUAUAAUAAAUCUUUUCAAUGAAAAUUACACGUUGGGCUAGUUUUGGCCGCAUUUCUCAACAUGACUCAUCUGUCACGGAGCAUUUCUUUUGGGUUUUAAUGUUUAUUAAUUGCAGUUUAAUGAUGAGGGAUAUUUCUACUUUGUCAUAUUGAUGUGCGUCUUUUUUUUCUUUAUUUUAAUAGAAAUUGACUGCGGUACUUUGAAAGUGGCAGAUGAUAGUUUUCUUUCUUUACAUUAAUUUACAACGACAGAACAUCUGUAUUUAUAUUAAUUGGUGAUCACAUUCCACUUUUUGUUUUUGCCUGUAAGAAACUGAAUCUAAUAAAGGUUCAUCUGAGCAGACACUUUUAUAUCAGUUGCUGAGAAA